AUGCGCCCAUCCCUGUCUCUGCUAUCCAAACACCACCCUUCCCUCCCGCCCGCCUUCAAGCAGGCCCGCCGCGCCGCCGCCGUCACCCCUCGCGCCCGCGACACCAUCCGCGCCGUCUUUGCCGCCAGACCAGGCAUCGCCGGCCUCACAACCCAAGACAUCCUCCACAUCCUCCAAGAGUCCCCGCCCGUACUCCCUGCUCCUCACACACACAAUAAACACGCCGCCGCCCGUGCAGAGCAAGAUGCCGCAGACGACGAUGCCGCCAUCCGAUCCAUGAGGUACCUCAAGCGCUUCGUCCUCGAGACGAUGGAGAUCGAGGGCCUCGUCAAGAAGGUGCACGUCAAGGUCCGCGGCGAGACCACCGACGCCCAGGGCCAGCUCUGCCACAUCGUGUCCAUCCAAAACGGCGAGGACUGUGUGGUGCCCGCGCUCUCACUCACCUCGUCCCAGCCCUCGCGUAAACCCCAAUCCAGAAAGAGCACCUGGGUGUGGAGGUGGCUGUCCGACGAGGAGCGCAGACUAUGGAAUACGCCCAAGAAACUGCCCUACAAGUUCAUGAUCAUGGCCAAGGCGGGCCUCAACCCGCACAUGAAGCCCGAGAGGCUCGCAGAGGGGCUGGCAAAAGUAUACAGGAACUAG